AUGUAUUUCGCCUUCUUUUCAUCGGCGUCAGCAGCCUCCAUAGAGGAAGUUAUAACUUUGAAGGAAGGCCCGCAUUCCUUCGAUUUCCAGUUUAACAUUCCGGAUUCAUCACCGCCAAGUUUUGAAGGGAAAUUCGGAUGGGUGAGGUAUUCGUUGGAAUGCAGGAUUGAAAAGCCCUGGAAAUCUGAUUACUUACUUAAAGACAACUUUCAAGUUAUGAACCACCUUGAUCUGAACCUGGAGAAAGAAGCCGAGGAGCCAUAUCAUAAAGAGGUGAAGCGAGCGGACGCCUGCUGUUUUUGUUAUGAUAAUGUCGAUGUGAGCGUGUGUUUGGACUUGCCCAGACGAGGCUUUGUGCCCGGAGAGUACAUCCCCGUCACGGCCGAAAUCAAGAACAACACCUCCGAAUUUGUCACAACAUCAGUCCACUUUAUUAAAAAGGUCACGUAUACCUCACCGGAAGCCGACAGAACAAAAGUUUCUAAACAUGUCGUGAACCAGAUUCCCGAUUUUGAGCUAGAGCCGCACAACAAAUACGUUUUCAACCGAGAGAAAAUAGAAGUGCCUUCCAUUCCUGCUUCAUGCCUUCUAGGAUGCAACCUAAUCACAGUGUCCUACUAUUUAAUGGUAAAAGCGUGUACUGAGUACUCCGGCGUGCGCUGUAAAGUGGUCGCUGACUUAAUCAUAGGCACGGAGCCUUUGGCGUCACACUCCAGGCGUACGAGUCAGACUGCUCCCAAAGAUGAGAUGCCCGCACCACUGGCUCGCCCAGAGUGGGAUAGACAUCCCGACACCUAACCCGGAGCAAAGUGUACAGCCAAAUAACGACGAUCAGGUUGACCUCUUUUAGUUCAUUUUCCAGAG